UGCACUCGUUGCAGUAGGAGGGUCCAUGUGCACAGAAUGACGUCGCUCUGACUGCAAGUCCGACCGACUCCUUCGUUUGUUUUUAUUACUCUUUUUUAAAUAUUAUUAUUAUCGGCGGGCCCCCCCAGAUUUGCUAAUCUGCAAAAUUACGGCCAUAAUGUGAGAUUAUCCGCGGCUGUCGUCCGACCCGUCGCUGUCGUUCGUCCUGUCAGGAGCGGCGGCUUCGCUGUGGAGGAUUACUAGUGAUAAUACGCAGCAGACUUCUCCUCCAGUGCGUCUAGCUGUCAAACUGACAACUAUGUGCGGGGAAGAGUAGACGGGACACAUUUGUUGAUAUUCAUCGACUUUGCUUCUUUUUUUUCUUUCUUUUUUUUGCGCGUCUUUUUUUGGUACCUCUGGAUUAUCGCUGCCCAGCAACACAGCCACCUGACAACUCUGAAUGUCGUAAUUAAGGUGAAUCAAUGCGCCAGCAAUGGAGACCAAAAGAUACCAAAGUUUCUUUGAUGGAAAUGACACAGAGAACAGAUGGUCUCAGGUCCCCAGCACCAUGGAGUACUGCUGCAGUACAGAGGAUUCGAGUCUGACUAACAGUGAUAUCCUGAUGGAUAUAGUCAAUGUCAGCUGCCCUGCUGGAAGCCCGGCCACCGACUGCAAAGACAACAAUACAAAGAAGCAGGAGCAGCCCACACUUCGGCUCAGCCAGAACCAGGCAUUUGUUCUCCCACACUUCAGCAACACUCUCCAUGGUCAUAAGCAGGAAAUGGACUCCAAGGAGCUUUCCAAGACUGUGGCUGAGUCUAUGGGUCUGUACAUGAAUGCUGCCAGGGAGGCAGACUUUGCUUUUAGCCAGCAUGGAGGCAGCACCAGCCCCGGGAAGCUGUAUCCAGUAUGUGGACGGCCUCUGGAGGAGAACCAGUGUGGCGCCACAAAGAGCCCCAAGUUAAAGCCAUUUGGUUUCCAGCAGCCGAGCACCACUCCCAGAGAAUGCACCGCCGGGACUCCAGUUAGCUCAGCAUCCAUGCUGGCCUCCUCUCUGUCCUGCAGUCCCCAGACCUCCAGCUCCAUUUCCAGCCCCGGAGGCAGCAACAAUAUGGUGUCGUCUACCACCAGUCCUCCCACGUGCUUUGGACCACUUUGCUCGUCCGUCAGUAGUCCUGUCAGCCAGACUUCAUGUGCUGCAACUCUAGCCAACAUCAAGCGCAGGAAUUCAGUCACAUGUAGCCCUGUGGAGUCCAGCACAGUGGGCUCACCGCCGCUCACCAGCCCACUGAAUGUCAUGAGGUCCCCCAUGUCCAGCCCUCAGAGCAUGAGUAGUGUGAGAUCGCCUCCGUCCUGCAGCACCACAUGUAACACUAGGUCGUCUGUCUCCAGCCCCACAGGUGGCAGCUGCACCGGCACCGCCAACAACUGCAACACAGUCCGGCCCUCCAUCUCCAGUCCGGCCACAGGGGGCACUAUGGCGGUCAGUAGCCCGCAGAACCCUUCCACUGGUGGGUUUCCAGUGUCUAGUCCUGCUGGUGGACUUGGUUUGGUGCAGAAUGACACCAACAGCCCAGAAGCUGCAGGGCUGACCAGAGACACAGACUUCAAGAACUUUGAGUUCCCUAAAGUAGAGAUGGUGGACGGGGAGGUGUUCAACGUUGGCUUAGACCAGAUGGGCAUGGUUAAGUACAUUAAGAACGAGCCUGGAACUGACUUCAGGAGCAUGUGCUUAGGCAGCUCCAAAUGUAAUGCGAGUAGCACACCCUUUAUCACACAGAUUAAGAGUGAGCCAAACAAAAGUGAGGGAUGUAUGAAUCAGCAGCCCUACGGUGAGCAGUCGCCAUCUCUCGGUCUCUUCCCUGCGUCUGAGACCACCUAUCUGUCCCUAAGGAAUAACAUUGAUGAAUACAGUCUUUCUGGUAUCUUAGGACCCCCUGUCUCCUCUAUGAAUGGGAACUAUGAGCCCGAUGUGUUCUCCAACAAUGUCCUGUCUAAAGGGGUUAAGCAGGAGUCCACUGAUGGCAGCUACUACCAAGAGAAUAACAGCAUGUCCACAUCCGCCAUUGUUGGAGUUAAUUCUGGUGGACACUCAUUCCAUUACCAGAUUGGAGCGCAAGGAACAAUGUCUUUCACGCGGCAUGAUGUGAGAGACCAGUCCAACCCUUUGUUGAAUCUAAUUUCACCCGUAACGGCGUUAAUGGAGUCUUGGAAAUCUCGGCCCGGCAUGUCACAAGGGUCACUGUCAGCCAGAGGUGAAGGAUACCCGGGUCAGAACUGCAUCACAGACAGCAUGUCAAGCUCGCCACUGAGGCAACCAUCCUCGACGGCCAAAGUGUGCCUGGUUUGUGGAGACGAGGCGUCGGGGUGCCACUACGGCGUCGUGACAUGUGGGAGCUGCAAAGUCUUCUUCAAAAGAGCCGUGGAAGGUCAGCACAACUACCUGUGCGCUGGGAGAAAUGACUGCAUCAUCGACAAGAUCCGUAGGAAAAACUGUCCAGCGUGCCGCGUACGGAAGUGUCUCCAGGCCGGGAUGAACCUCGGAGCACGAAAGUCCAAGAAGUUGAAGCUGAAGGGGGUUAGCGAGGACCUGCAGAGCUCUAAGGACGGCCAAACUGCCACAGGUAGCGUUGGAGGCGGCUACCUGUCCUCGGAGAAGGAGCUGAACGCCAGCGCUGCCAAUGCCCUGGUGCCCCACGGGCCCGGGGUGGUCACACCUUUUCUGCCGCCCUCCAUCUGCAGCGUGUUGGAGCUGAUCGAGCCUGAAGAGGUGUACUCCGGCUAUGACAACACACAGCCUGACACCACUGACCACCUGCUGUCCAGUCUCAACCGCCUGGCUGGAAAGCAGAUGGUACGCAUGGUGAAGUGGGCCAAAGUACUUCCAGGUUUCCGGGGCCUGCCCAUUGAGGACCAAAUCACCCUGAUCCAGUACUCGUGGAUGUGUCUGUCCUCCUUUUGCCUCAGCUGGCGCUCCUACAAACACACCAAUGGACAGAUGCUCUACUUUGCCCCUGACCUCAUCUUUAACGAGGACCGCAUGCAGCAGUCGGCCAUGUACGACCUGUGUCUGGGCAUGAGGCAGGUGAGCCAGGAGUUUGUGCGAUUGCAGCUAACCUACGACGAGUUCCUCUCCAUGAAGGUCCUUCUGCUUCUCAGCACAGUUCCCAAAGAGGGUCUGAAGAACCAGGCGGCGUUCGAGGAGAUGAGGGUUAAUUACAUUAAGGAGCUCCGGCGCUCAGUGGGAAAAGCAACCAACAACUCUGGCCAAACCUGGCAGCGCUUCUUCCAGCUCACCAAGCUGCUGGAUGCCAUGCAUGAUCUGGUGGGGAACCUGUUGGACUUCUGUUUCUACACCUUUCGUGAGUCCCAGGCCCUGAAGGUGGAGUUCCCCGAAAUGUUGGUGGAGAUCAUCAGUGACCAGAUACCAAAGGUGGAGUCGGGCCUCACUCACACAAUCUACUUCCACAAGAAGUGACUCGCUACGCAACUGGGACCGAAGCGGCAUUAAGAACUGGAAAAAGGAGGAGAAAGAAGUUCAGGGAAGAAGUGCGAGGAAGGCCUGACCUGUCGGCCUGCACCCUGUCGCCCAGCAUGCCAGCGUCCUCGUCUUGGAUUGGAAAGUUAAGUGAUGUGGUGACAGACGCAAAGCAAAACAAAAAAAAAAAAAAAGAGAAAAAAGGCGUUAUUCCCUGCAGUCACGAGCGAUUCAGAGUUGUGAAUAGUUUGAGAAGUUGAGCAAGAUGCGCUGAGAAGGACUUACGAGAAAUGUGACAAAGCAUCCCGAAGUACCCCCCAUGUCCCCCUGCCCCAAAGAUGAUAACAGUAUUUUCUAUGGAGAUAAAGCCAUACAUUUCUUAGGAUGCGCUAGAUACGUUCACUACACACAUAGAAACACGUAGAGGGAACCUGACACACACUCACUGUCCACAUGCCUUCACACAGUCGCACAGAUGCACUCCACAUGCACUAAAAUGAGAUUCCCUUACAAAUCUAGAGAAAACAUUUUCCAAAUAUUAACUCUGGCUUAUGCAGUCUUUCACAAAUAAUAGCACUAUGAAAAAUUAUGCCAAUACUUAGAUUUGCUUUGCAGUGAAGCAACAAGACUACAGGGCAAAGGACAUUAUGAAGAGGCACAGAAAUUCCAGACUGUAUGGCGAAAUGUCUAUUUGAAUAUAUUCCAAGGGCUAUACGAGCGUCGUCAUAAGCUGAAUAAUUACAUGAAAUCUAAGUAAGUCCAAGUUUGAAUCUCAAUCGGUAUCAUAACAGCCAUCAUUGACAUCUACAUAGUGAGUUUUUUGAAGUCUAAAUCCUGUAGUAAAACAAUCAAAACUAAUAUGCAAAAGUCCAAAGCUAAAGCUGUUUUGAAAUAAAAAAUGUCUCUCUUGUGUAAAGAAAGCUUGCACGUGAAGCUCCCAUGUCAUAAAGUCAUGAUUUUAGAGGCACUGUGGUGUAGAAUUAAGACAAUAUUGAUGAGAGAUUUUACCUUUGUGCAGAAAUGGUCAGGAGUGCUGCAGGAUGGAAAACAUAAUGCAUUUACGGAAACAAUUUCAGUAGAGUCCGCUGGUAAUGGAUUUGACUGAGGUGCAUCCAUAGUAAUUGCUGUCAUUUGUGCUAUCUCCAGAGCAGCUGUCCAAAUGUCUGUUUUUACUCACAAUGAAGCAAAACCAGCCCUUUGUGAACCAACACUUAUCUACUUUUCCCAGAAAUAAUAAAAAGCAUUUUAUAAAAGUGUGUUGCAAAGGUUUAGUUUUUGACAAGCCAGUCAUUUUGCAUUAAGGUGCUUCAUUUCUACAAAGCCAGGCAAAACAUAACAUGUACAGUAACUUGUAGUCGGUCCAUACAGUACACUAUAUGGACCCCAAGUUUAAACACACAUACUCUGUAAAGUUGAUAUUAUCCAAAAUGGAGCGUUACUCUGCAGUGCUUACAGCAAACAGCUAAUGUAUCAAAACCAGGCAAAUGUGUAGAGGUAUUAACAACUUCUUAAACACAUUCUAUUCAGCUGUUGUACAGAAGAUGUUUUGAGGUACAUGUUGAUGAAUGCUUGAUGAAGAACAGACUAUUGCGUUGGUAUGAUCACCUUUCCUAAUUGAGUUUUCGCUUUUUUCUUAUCUUCGGGCCAAGUACUACUAUUUUAAGUAUGGCAGGCCCAGUCAUCUGGACCAUUACUUUGGCUCACACCCCACUGGUUUCUGGGUGGUCGUGGAACACUACUAUGAUGCUACUGAAAAGCGACAGAGUCGCUGGGGAAGAAUAACUGUGUGAGUGGGGGGUGUGAUUAUUAUUAAUUUUUUGUGCCCUGUAAGUGUGUAUUUACGUGUGUGUAUGGAGUGAGUAUGGCUUAAGUUGGUGUGUGUGCUACUUUUUUUUUUCCUGGCAAGCAUGUGCAUAGAUGAUCUGCUCUUGCAGCGUGGGUAUUAUGCAUUUAUGUUAUAGGAUUAGCUAUAUCCUAUUUCCACCUAUAGAUUUGCACAAAGGAGAUACAAUGUGAAAUGAGGCAUUAGUGCAGCUAGCAGGAAUUGUCUGUUUUGAUAAGCAACUGUGAUAAUGCGGUAAAAGACUUUCUGCAUGAUCACCCAGGCUAACGUUAGACAUGACAUCAUUAGCACAGCGGGGUGGUUGUGUACUGUAUUUGUGGCCUCGGCUCUCGUAAUGACGGCGCUGUGCUACACUAUGAGGUCUCUUCUGUGGUGGUAAUUGUUGAAAGAUUUGCAUUCAAAGAGAUGGAGGUGUCAGGAUCUCAACCGUCGUUCACAACUGUACUAAAAUUAUAGUGCGGCUGAAAGGGGUCUAAAAAAGUAGGUGGAUUGUGCAUUUUCAGUUUUUGCUUAAGGAGCAUUAUUCUAUAUUGGUUGUGGGAUUUGGGUUUCAACUGUUUCUCAUCCACAAAAUUAGAUUUUCUUCUGGAAUUCUGAGACAAAAAUGUUAGUUCCCUGUAGGGGUUCACACAUUGGGUGGCUUUGAAAGACCAAACUGUUUAGCGGCUCCAUAUUCUUAAUUCGAUAUAUUAAUAUCACCCAUCACCGCAAUAAUUUUUGUACAGUACCUGAUCAGAAAGGCCUCAUUUUACAAUCCGUCUUGUUUGCCCUUACGCUAAUCUCUCACUGUUUCUUUAUUUUAUCCCUUUUUUGUCCUUUUUAAGGAAUAAAAAAAAAACUGUCUAAAGGUUCAUAGGAUGAAUGGGAAAGUAUUUUUGAGAGAAUUAUAUUUUGCUGGAAAACAAUAUUUAAGUACUUUGACUAAAAUGAUAUCCUUUUUGUAAAAUGAAAUGUUAUUGCAUGCUUUUUGAUGAGAUGUUUACAUUGUAUUUAAAAAAAAGGGAAACUUGUGCCUUUUUAUCUCACCUGAUUUACAAUUUUACAGUAUAUAUUGUAAAUAAUACAGCAAGUCCUUAUGUUGAGUAUAGUAUAAAACAUUUCUACUUUACCAUCUUGUUGGAAUAUUGGAAAAAAAAAAAUGUGUUUCCCACUCGCCAUGUUCUGUGUGUUGGAUCACAGAGAAGAAUUUACAGUAAGGGUUGGCACCAGAGAGGGCCAAAAAGAGAAAUGAAUGUAUCAUACAUUGAGAGAGACUUAUGGAACUUACUACCUGAAUGUUAGAGAGAGUACAUUUCUUAUCUUCUUAUUAAGUAAAGUUAUUUGAUUUUGCAUUUUUUUUUUGUUUUUUACUUUUUGCAUCAUUGUUCACAUGGCUCGAAGAAAAAAAAAAUCAAAGAGUAUUUCUUAUUUUGUAACAAGAUGUACUAAGUGAUGGAUCCUCGUUGCUGUUGAAAUGAUUUCUUAAUCCAUGGCGGUAUUGUUGAUGAGCACUACAAUAAAAUCAAAAAGUCACAAACUAUUGAAACUGGGAUAUGUGAAAGAAACUUCUUGACUUUUUUUAGACUGAAAAUACAAACUUUGUGCACAUACAAAAUGAAAUGGUGGAUGGACAGAGAUUGUAGUGUACCUGACAUCUGGCCAAUUUGAAAUGUGACUGUUUUACCAGUUGUUGGACAUACUGCACUAAUUGCCAAAAUAACGUCCAACUACAAAAAAAAAUCUUUUGACCCAAAUAGAAAUGUAAAACUCUUAAUAUUGCUGGUACAGGUGGGAGUAGGUUUAUGAUAAUGGUGAAUAAUGUUAUCCGUGAUGUUUUAAGGCCUUUUAAGACCCUGAAGAAAUAUAAGCACUGACUGGUGACUAAUUUUUAAAAUUUUUUUCUUGGCUAUUUGGAGGCAGUUUCACAUUUUGGGAAAUAUCUGCUUACUUGCUGAGAGCUGGAUGAGGACAUCAAUACCACUGCACUGUCUAUAGGAUAAAUAUAGUCCUGCAUGGUCUGGCUGCACCUCAGCAUCAUUCUGCUAUAGGGGAAAAACACUCUGGCUUGGGUUCAUAUUUCUUUAAACUGAUCACAAACGUAUUGGGUGGAGCUAAGCAAAGGUUGGAGCAAUGGUGGUCCAUAAAAAUAGUGGCAGGUGGAAUUGUUUUGAUGGAAUAUUUGCAUGCAGGGUGGUGAGAAUUGUCAUUAAAAUGCCUAAUUCGCUGAAAAAACUAGCAGAAAUCCUUGGCAUGGCUUGAACAUUUCGGUGUAAAAGUUGCUUGUUCAGGCUAGCUCUAAGGAGAGGAUGGGUAGCUUAGCUUAGAAUAAAGACUGGAUGACAUUCUAAGUUAGUAGUUUUCUUUUUUGGGACAGAUCAGAAAAUGGUAUUGAACUUCUCACCUAACUCUGCAAAAAGGGAAUAUUUUGCAAAGUGCCGAGGAACAAGAUUAAUGUACGUUUUAUUUAAUGGUCAUCAAUCACCACCUCCUGCAAACUAUAAAAUAAAACCUCUUCCAUACUCGAGGGAGCAACGUUAUCUUCAGAGCUGUCUGGUUCUAAAUUUACUCCUCUUUUUGGCGUGGAUGACUCAGAAUUUUCCAACUGUUUCCCAGUACACUAUUGCAUCACUGUAUGUGGAGUCACGUCAUUGCCAUUUUCUGUCACAGUAAUGAAUCGGGUGCACAGAGACUAAGCCAUAUCACCACAGCCAUGGCAGUGCAUUUCUUAUUAAUAUGUACAAAUGCUUUUUUUUCCAAUUCCAAAAAUGACUUUUUACUCAGAUGCUUUGUACAAUAUUUCUCAGCAAACUAUCCAGCAAACAAACAGUAGACAUCCCUCACCAUGAACCAAUAAAACAUCUUUGAAACCAGUUAAUACUGUAUAUCUUGAUGCAGAUAUUGCCAUACUUGUGUUUGCAAAACUAUUGCAAAAUUCUAAUAAAACCGUUAAAUUGA